AGGCCCGGCCCUGCGGCCGCUGGUGGUCGCCAUGGGCACCCGCGGCGACGUGGAGCCGUGCCUGCGCUUCGCGGCCGCGCUGCGGGCCCGCGGCCACGCGCCGCUGGUGCUGUCGCACUCGGCGUACGAGCGGGAGGUGGUCGGGACUUGGGGGCUCGACUUCCGCGCGUGCGGCAUCGACUUUUGCCCCAUGUCCGAGGCGUACCUGCAGGGCCAGACUCGGGCGGACCAGGUCUUCGCCGACCGCGGAUGGUACGGCGACGCUUGGGUGGACGUUGGCGACCGCAUGAGGGCGGCAGCGGCCGAGCACCGGUGCGACGUCAUAGUGGCCACCUCGAUGGGGAAUCAGCACGCUCUGGACAUUGCGGAGAAGGAGAGCAUGCUCUGCUUCUGCCUCAAGUUCUGCCCAGACAUCGAUGGGCAGAUCCCCACCGCAGAGUUCCCUCCGUCCGGGUACCCGCGCGGGAUGCCCGGGCCGCUCAACUACGCGGCCCACGUGCUCGAGAACACUCGGGUUGUCGGGUCCGUCUUCGCUGGCGGCUUCAUCCCGAGGGUGAUCGAGUUUCGGAAGUCGUUGGGGUUCGAAGCCAUGACGAUCGACGGACAGGGUCUUCUGCCCUUUCGCGUCAUGGACGACAUCGAGGUGCCGACCUACUCGCCCUACCGCAGUAGGCUACAGGCGAACCAGCCCUCGAUCUACGCGUUCAGCGAGACUCUGGCGGACAGGCCGCGGGAGUACUGCUCCUGGCACUUCGUGACCGGCUCGUUCGGCUGGCGCCAGGGCGGCGCUCGGAGCACGUUCCGCCGAGGGCGGCAGGAGGGGUGGCUGAGCAGGC